AUGGCCAGCAGGAAGUGGAGUCCCCUUCUCACUGCCUCAAUAGGCUCACGCCCGAUCGACCAGCGUGAUGAUUCAGCGGCGACGAACAUUUUCACCAUUGACCACCUAACACCCCAUCACAUUAAAAAUCGCUUUAUGGACGACGCUACUGGUCCGCGGGGCGGGAAAGGGCGGAGUGCGUGUGAUCUAUGCCGGCACCGCAAGAUCCGCUGUGAUAGAAACCAGCCUGCCUGUGAGAAUUGCCAUAUUGCGGCUUUGCCAUGUACUUUCUCCAAGCCGGCAUCGCAGCAGCGCAAGAGUACCCGGCAGGAGCUGGCUGACACCAAAGCUCGGGUUCGGGAAUUAGAGACCAUUCUGUUCGGACUUAAGCAAAGCCACAAGGGGUUGGGGAUCCCUUCCCCGAGUAGAGCUGCUUCUCCAGGGCCCCUCAGCCCACUUUCUGUGGCGUCUUCAUCCGCGUCGGUUCUCGCCACAGCGAGUUAUCUGCCCGACACACGCGAUUUUGAUACCGCUUUGGCUGCUUUCCAAUGGCAUAUAUCCUUCUGUGGACUUGGGAGUGCGCUUUCCUCUCAGAGGGCAGCGUUUUACUCGCUGAUUGAACAGCAAACGGGUCGCACCUUCAAUGUAGACGUUUUCGCUCAUGAAGUCACCCAAUCGUUCAAGGCGGCCCAGCUCAAGUCAACGAAAAAGGUGAUUGGUAUCAAAUGGCCGAACUCAGCACUUGUUCAGAAGUGCCUGGGGUAUUUUGAAAGAAAUGGGCUAUACUCCAUCUUUCCCAUCGUGGAUGUGGAGGCCAUGCAGAUUCUCCUCAACGCAAAUAUCUUGGAUCAACCAGCUUACCUGACACGAGUCGCCAAUCGUGCUUGCUUGGUGGCCUUCGCCGCAAUGAUCACUCAGAUCCACCGCCACGAGGCUGCUUUUGCUGGCACUGACCCAGACGCGUACGCACAGGCUGCCCUAACGCUACUCCCUGAAAUGCUUCUUGAGACCCCUGAUCUGAGAACUCUAGAAGCAGUCACAAUAUUGAUGCUAUAUAUCACACCUCUGGGCAGGCCCCAAGCAGGAGAAAUGUUAUUAGGCAUUGCAGUGCAACUCGUCUAUAACCUUGGAGCAAACAAAAUCCAAACACCCCACGAGAUACACCGAACCGACCAACGAAGCCAGCAUCUCCGAGCCAUGUUCUGGCAUUGCUAUGCCAUCGAUAAAGAAUUCUCGAUCCGGAAAUCCCAACCGCCCUUGAUCAAUGAUGACGAUUGCGACCUCGAUCUACCGACGACAUACGCCCGAAACACUUCCGAGCGCCACUUCUACAUGAAACCACUGUCUUCAAAAGAGCUCCUCUUCCCAUCCGAUCUCCGAUUCUCUCUUCUCAAAUCCAGGAUCUUCCGUCUACUCUAUUCAGUGCAUGGACAAGCCCUGCCGGAAGCACGACGCCUCCAGCAUAUCCGCGAAUUGGACCAAGAGUUAAGCGACUUGAAAGAGGGAUACCCCGUCAGUUGCAGACCAGAUGUAUUCGCGACCGAGAGUGCACCCGAUUACCUAUUCCACGAUCUCAGCAUCCGAGGCGUCAACAUCCACCUGGAAUAUUAUUACUGUCUCGGCAAGAUCCACGGAGCAAGCAGUUCCUGUAGGAUCACAUCGCCGCAAAGCUGGUCUCCUCUACCAUCGAGCGCAGAGCUAUGUUUCGAAGCUGCUCGCUCCUCACUGAUCUAUAUCUCGCGUACGCGCCAAUUCGUGAACCAUCACACAUUUUGGAUUCACGCGCAAUUCCUUCUUGCAGCCGUCUUCUCGGUCUUUUGGUACCUUAUCACGGUUCCGAGUUCGGCCACUUUCAUCAGGGAUCUAAGGACGCUGGAGGAUAUUGCUGAGUUACUUGCUCAACUCAAUAAACCUACGGAGGAUGGACAGUCUUUCCCGCCUUUUUAUGUGUCGCAGGCUUUUAUUGAACGGCUGAUCUCGCUGGCGAGGCACUCGCAGCCUAGGAUUGCAAAUGCAUGA